AUGCGCAGCGUCCCCGCGACCUCACUUCCCGCAAGACAGCCAUGGCCAAGGCCGCACACUGCCGCAAAGAAGCACCCUCGCCGCAACGCCCGGGGACAUCACCGCGCCGUUACCGACACCGCCACGCCGCCGAUCGAGCCGGUCACUUUGUCGGCAUCCAAGAUCUCGCCUUUGAAUGGCAGCAAGGCAUCCCAACGACCUUCCCGGACGAGAGAGGGGUCGGACGCCGCGCUGCCAGGGCCGCCGGAUCUGGGCCCGCCUGGCCCAGACCUAGCACGAGCAGCCGUGCAACAAAGGGACCGCCCCGCCGGCUGGCCGUCUCGAGACCCACCUGGCCCUGGACAAGGCCCGCGGAGCCCGGAUCGGAGCCCAAGCGGCCCCAAUCCGGGCCGCGCCGCCGCGAGCCCCUCCGCCGUCGCCCAUGGCCACGCACCGCGCCCGCCACCACCUCCGCUCUGGGACCGCCGCCGUCACGCCCGCCACCACCGCCGGACCGAGCUCUUGAAGCCCCGAGGAGCACCGCCGCCGGCCGAGCUCGCCCCGCGCAGCCUCCCUCGCGCGCGGAGGGAGUACAGGCAAAAGCAGCGCCGCUUUUGCGAUGCAGUUGACACGAAAUUCCUCCAGAUUGGCACCUAA